CUGGGAAGCAUCGCUGUGCUAGUUCGAGCAGUCAAGAUGUCUGACAUGGAGGAUGACUUCAUGUGCGACGAUGAAGAAGAUUAUGAUCUGGAAUACUCAGAAGAUAGCAACUCUGAACCAAAUGUUGAUUUGGAGAACCAGUACUACAAUUCCAAGGCAUUGAAGGAAGAUGACCCCAAAGCAGCCCUUAGCAGCUUCCAGAAGGUGCUGGAGCUUGAAGGCGAAAAAGGAGAAUGGGGAUUCAAAGCAUUGAAACAGAUGAUAAAAAUAAACUUCAAAUUGCAUUUUGCCACACAGACCAACUUCCCUGAAAUGAUGAACAGAUACAAGCAACUGCUCACAUAUAUUCGGAGUGCUGUCACAAGGAACUAUUCAGAGAAAUCUAUUAACUCCAUCCUUGAUUACAUCUCCACGUCUAAACAGAUGGAUCUUUUGCAAGAAUUCUAUGAGACCACGUUGGAGGCGUUGAAAGAUGCAAAAAAUGACAGACUGUGGUUCAAAACAAACACUAAGCUUGGAAAGCUGUAUUUAGAGCGGGAAGAAUAUGGAAAGCUUCAGAAAAUACUCAGACAGCUGCACCAGUCUUGCCAGACUGAUGAUGGGGAAGAUGACCUAAAGAAAGGAACACAGCUGUUGGAGAUCUAUGCUUUGGAAAUUCAGAUGUAUACAGCACAGAAGAACAACAAAAAGCUUAAAGCCCUCUAUGAGCAGUCCUUGCACAUCAAGUCAGCAAUCCCUCACCCACUUAUCAUGGGUGUAAUCAGAGAAUGUGGAGGUAAAAUGCACUUAAGGGAAGGAGAGUUUGAGAAGGCACACACAGACUUCUUUGAGGCUUUUAAAAAUUAUGACGAAUCGGGGAGCCCCAGACGAACCACAUGUUUGAAGUACUUGGUACUGGCCAACAUGCUGAUGAAGUCAGGAAUAAAUCCGUUUGACUCACAGGAGGCUAAACCUUAUAAAAAUGACCCAGAGAUACUUGCAAUGACAAACUUAGUAAGUGCCUACCAGAAUAAUGACAUCACUGAGUUUGAAAAAAUUCUGAAAACAAACCACAGUAACAUAAUGGAUGAUCCUUUUAUCAGGGAGCAUAUUGAGGAACUGUUACGGAACAUCAGAACACAAGUGCUUAUCAAAUUAAUCAAGCCUUACACGAGAAUACACAUACCAUUCAUUUCAAAGGAGUUGAACAUUGAUGUAUCAGAUGUGGAAAGUCUGCUUGUACAGUGCAUAUUGGACAACACCAUUCAUGGCAGAAUUGACCAAGUUAACCAACUGCUGGAGCUGGAUCAUCAGAAGAGAGGAGGAGCCAGAUACACUGCUUUAGAUAAAUGGACCCAUCAGCUCAAUUCUCUCAAUCAGGCGAUUGUUAGCAAACUGGCUUGAUUGACACAUUAUGUAACAGCUAGUUCUUCAGGCCACAAUGCAGCGAUGGUAAAGUGUAAAGAGAAGGGAAUAGCAAAAAUACUUGAAGAGGCCUGGUAAUCUGAGUUUGUCAGAACUGCUUUCUUUAAUCUAAUUUUGUUCUGCUGCAGCCCUUCCAUAAAACAGCUUUAAUGUUCAUAAAACCAAAAAGGCAUGGGAUUUAAGUGGUUCUGCUUUUGAGCCCUUUCCAAAACAAUGUUUUAUAAUCGGGCCAUGGAUUGAUCGAAGUAAGAUUUGAAACACAGUAUUUUGGUAAAUAUUAAAAAUGAACAAAAACAAACAAAUUCAGUCUGUAAAUUUCCUGUCUAAAAUACAUUAUCUUCAAUAACUUGAACAUUUUUAAUAUUUACCAGUAUUCUGUUUUCCAUAAAAAUCAACAUGUUUUGCUGUAUUCUGCAAAAUUUCAAGUUUCCAAGCAGUGCUUUUCUGUACUUGGAAUUUUCGUUAAACAUUGGGGCCCUGUUUCCAAUUUAUAUUUCAAGCAAGAAAGCAAUGCUCCUCUAGCAUUGUAUAAUCUGAAUUUAAGAUCCUUUGCUUUGUUUUGUAAUUAAAAUGAAAGCAAGAUUAGCUGUCUUUCGCUUUAAAAAAACUGUGUACAGUAUUUAACAUUUUGUUUUCAUGAUGUUUGUCUGGAAUUGUUUGACAUCACAGAGGUAGGCUGGUCAUCAUAAAAUUUGUUUAACCUAGCACAUAGUUUGCUUGUGAUGUGGGAAGAAAAAAAACUUUCAAAUUUGAAUUCCUUAUCUUGAGGGCAGAACAUCAAAAUAAAAUUUACCUAUUCAAAGA